GAGAAAUAAAUAGCCUUUCAGAACGGCAUCUGACUGUGAACGUGAAAAGCAAAAAAAAAACCUAACAUGAUGAUAGCCUCCGCUGAAUAUAACAGAAUUGAGGAAGAAAGCUGCUACUCGCCAACAACAACGCCCGCGGGAAUUCACCAAUCGCACUCGUCGAUCGCUGCAAAAAAAAAACGGAUGUGAUUUACAACAAGUGUUGUGAUUGUGCGUAGCGUUCUUCAGUUUUUUUUCUGCUUCUCUCAGUAGUGCUUCCACGGACUGUCAUUUCGCCUUUAACCAUAUGUAUGAAUUAUUGAUCAUCAGGCGGCACAAGCAACGAACGAACAAAUCGCGAUAGCAAAAAAAAAUACAACAACAACAACGACAUCUUUCUAGUUCGGAAUAGACUCAUGAAAGGGCGAAAAGUGAGGCAUAACCAGAAGAGAUACAGAUAUUCAGACCUAGAUGCUCGAUGGUCGAUGUAAAGUGAGACGGUUAUCGAAGGAGAAGCUGGUUGAACCGAGAGGGCAAAGUGGAGAAGAACUAAAGAGAAACCAGUUAUUACGAAUGGGAGGUUGUGUGAUUGAGUGCGCCAACGAAUGACGACGACGACGACGACGGUUUAGUGGAGGCAAUCACCAACCACGGCACUACGCGGGGUAUUGGCGCGGGAAAAUUGACGGAGAAUACGGACGAAGCUCCCGGGUCGCGGUUUUGCACGUGGCACAGCGGACGAUUGCGGAUGGUUGUUCAUGGAGAAGAGGCCCGAUGAAAAAUGGCAAAUUACACGAAUGAUUACUUCUGCACGAUGGACACUGAUGAUGUGGAGUCGUCGAGCAGCAGUACCAUGUCCAGCCUGAACAGUCUGUUCUCGUUCACCAGCCCGGCGGUGAAGAAACUGCUCGGCUGGAAGCAGGGCGACGAGGAGGAAAAAUGGGCCGAAAAGGCCGUCGACAGUUUGGUCAAGAAGCUCAAGAAGCGGAAAGGUGCCAUCGAGGAGCUGGAGCGGGCCCUGUCAUGUCCCGGGCAGCCGUCCAAGUGUGUCACCAUUCCCCGCUCGCUCGACGGGCGGUUACAGGUAUCCCACCGAAAAGGACUUCCACAUGUUAUCUACUGCCGCGUCUGGCGCUGGCCGGACCUGCAGAGUCAUCACGAGCUGAAACCGAUCGAAACCUGUCAGUAUCCGUUCAGCGCCAAGCAAAAAGAGGUCUGCAUCAAUCCGUAUCACUAUAAACGCGUCGAAAGUCCGGUCUUGCCGCCGGUGCUGGUUCCGCGCCACUCGGAAUUUGCCCCGGGCCACUCGCUGCUGCCAUUCCACCAGAUGAACGAACCUAACAUGCCGCACAACGUGAGCUACACCAAUUCCGGUUUCAACAAUUCGCACAUGGGCAGUAGCGGCGGCGGCGGACCGAAUUCGCCCAUUUCCUCGCACAUGGGCCCGAACAGCCCGAUCUCCUCGGUGUCCAGUCCGGGACCAAUCAACUCGAAUCCUCAGAGCCCGUACGGUUCGCUACCGGAAACACCUCCUCCAGCGUACAGUCCACCGGAAGAUGGGAACAACGUGAGCAGCCAGGACAACAACCAGAUGGACACAAAUCAGAUGCACGGCGAGGUGGCCCCGGUCAGCUAUCAGGAACCUCCCUACUGGGCCAGCAUAGCAUACUACGAGUUGAACUGCAGAGUCGGCGAAGUGUUCCACUGCAAUUCGACGUCCGUCAUCGUGGAUGGCUUCACCAACCCUUCGAACAACUCGGACCGGUUCUGCCUCGGUCAGCUGAGCAACGUCAACCGGAAUAGUACAAUCGAGAACACCCGUCGCCAUAUCGGAAAGGGAGUGCACCUGUACUACGUGGGCGGCGAGGUGUACGCCGAGUGCCUCUCGGAUUCGGCCAUUUUUGUACAGAGCCGCAAUUGCAACCACCACCACGGGUUCCACCCAAGCACGGUGUGCAAAAUCCCGCCCGGAUGUUCACUGAAGAUUUUCAACAACCAGGAAUUCGCCCAACUGCUGUCCCAAUCGGUGAACCAUGGCUUCGAGGCGGUCUACGAGCUGACCAAGAUGUGCACGAUACGGAUGAGCUUCGUCAAGGGCUGGGGAGCGGAGUACCACCGGCAGGAUGUGACUUCGACGCCCUGUUGGAUUGAAAUUCAUCUGCAUGGGCCGCUGCAGUGGCUGGACAAGGUUUUGAUCCAGAUGGGGUCGCCCCACAAUGCUAUCAGCUCGGUGUCGUAAGGUGGUGACCGUGGUCUCCGCGCGUUACGGAAUGGUAUGGGAAUGAACGGAUGCGCGGAUCCAGAUGAAUAAGUGAUGUAUCGCGGGUGUGUGAGGGCAAGGACUAAUAUUUGAUUUAAUUUUUAGCGAACGCUUGUUGGGAUGGGUGGAAGCAAUCUAUAUAGAUGUUGACGGUUCCCAGUCCGAUCAGCUAGAAGAAACGAUAGGACCGUUGGUAUGAGGAAGCUGCAAGUAGAAUGAAACAGCAGCUGUGCAAGUUAGUAUCAUCAUGAUGUGUAUGGAAAUACCUACAGUGUCCCAAAUGUUUUCAAAGAGCAAUUCCAUCCAUUUCCGGUGGAACGGCUGCAUAGUAAAAUAAAAAUGGGGGGGCUACCAAGUUCUCAUUUGACACAAUUUUUGGGAGACUUAUGCAGAACGUAGGAUACCCGCGGGAAGGUCCCGAAGACAAGGUUCGCUCUUUUUAUUUUAAGCACCCACAACUUGUACACGUUAUAAGCAGAA